AUUUCGGAAUUUCAGUUACUAGCUCGUCAUCAAAACAGCAACAACUGUUGAGAAUAAAAUUCUUGCGUGAAACCGAAUCAAUAGAAAAACAAAUAAAACAAACAAAAUGGUUCGCCGUGGACGUUCAGCCAGUCCCCCGCCCUCCACUCGUCGGUAAGACAGUCGCGAAAAACAAAGAAAAUUCGGGGGAAAUUGGAUAAAGCGCCGGCAGGAAAUUCAUUUCGUAAUCACCGACCAAUCAAUCGGAUGAUCUGGCUUUAUCUCAUGGACAGAAUUUCACUUCCGCCGCUUUUUCCGGCCCCCGAAAUGGGUUAAGGUUACGUAACCUUAAAAAUAAGAGGAUUCCCAAUAACAUGGGAUGUUUUAUUGGUGCUGUCCUCCUAGCGGAAGACCCGCUAAAUCUGGCUACUUAUUCAAUUACGAAAGUGCUCAUAAAAUCCAUUUUUCACCGCACCUGUGCAGGCCCGUGCCCCCGCCCCGGCCCCGGCUCCUGUCCAGACACGUGCCCCAGCACCGGCCGCCUCUGCCCCUGUUCCGGCGCCCAUGAGCGCUCCUCCCAGUGCCGUCGGCAUGCCGGCACCGCAGCAGCCAUCGAUGUUCCAGCAGAUGGCCGCCACCGCUGGAGGCGUGGCCGUGGGCUCAGCCAUUGGACACACCGUGGGUCAUGGAUUGACCUCGCUGUUCAGCGGAUCUGGCGACAAGGAGGCCGCUGCUCCCGCUCCGGCGGCAGCCGCUCCUGCCCCCCAGCAGCCAUACUACGCCCAGCAGCAGCAGCCCAAUGAGCCGCAGGGAGCCUGCGCCUGGGAGCUCAAACAGUUCAUCCAGUGCGCCCAGGGUCAGGCGGAUCUUACCCUCUGCGAGGGAUUCAACGAGGCGCUGCGGCAGUGCAAGCAGAGCCACCAUCUCCAGUAGAGGGCCCAGCUCCGGUAGAAUAUCAUCUGGCCAAGCACCGGCGGAUGAACGCAGCCGGAUGAACCCAUCGGAUGAACACCUCCGGAUGAACUCUGUCCUAUCCCUUCGUUUAGUUCUUAAUUGUUUAAUUGCAAGCAUCUGAAAGAAAGCAUUGUUUAAUUGUAGUGCAAAAUGAAAUGUUAAAUAGAAAAUCCCGUUGGCAGCCCAAAACCCUUUCCAAAAAAAAACACAAACAAACAAAACAAAAAAGAAACCAAACCCCACGGGUUGUCAAUGUGGGCCAAAACAAAACGAAGUUUCCAAGAGUUUUUAUUGUUUAAAAUAUAAAUAUAUGCAUAAGUUAAUAUC